UCAGUUACUCACAGAAACGCGUGGCGGGAGCGCGCUUUUUUGACAUAAACAUUGUUCAAAGUAAUGAACUAUUAAUAGUUAAGCCACUUAUUAAUCAGACGGUGCAACGUUCCAAAUAUCUGUGUUAACUUGGUCGUGUUAAAAUCUAGUGUGUGGACGUUUAAAAAUUAUUUACUAAGGAUAUCGUUUAUUGGAACUAUUUAUCUACGGAGCCAUGCCGGCGACGUUAUCAGUGCGCGAAGGAUCAUUCACUCGCUACGCCGUUUAAAACAUCUUGAUUAUAAACGUACAUCCCAUAUUAAAACUUUAAAAUUUCAUAAGAGAAAUAGUGCACUAACUUUGUGGGUGUUAUUUUGUGGGCGGCCAUUUUGUAGUGCAGUGAACUCUUGUGACAAAAUGGCGACAACGGGCAGUGAGAUGUGGCUGCAAUGGUUCGCGUGCUGCUACCAACCGGCAGCUCAGGCGCAGCGCACGCGACGGAGAAUAGACCGCUCUAUGAUAGGAGCACCUACGAAUUUCCAACAUACGGGACACAUAGGAUCUACGGACGUCGAUAUGCCAUCGUCAUUGCUGCACACGAUACAGAACCAAAUGCAGAGCAAAGGUGGCUACGAAAUGCCUUAUGGAGUUAAGGUGUACUAAUGCUGUUUGGACUUUAGUGAACCAACCAACGUGUUAUCGUAUGAUCUUAUAUACUAUAUUUAUUAUUGAAAAUAGAAAUUAAGUUAUAAUUUUAAGAUACAGUGUACAUAAGUCAUGACCGAAUUCGGUGAAAAAAAAA